AAAAUAUAUAGAACAACCUUCGGAAUACGUGUGCUGUGUGUAAAGUUCAUGAUACUUUUCACGUUUUACAAUGAUCGUUGUCAUGGCUACCACCAUUAUUCUGCAAUAAAUCAAAGGUUUGGAAUGGCACAGAGGAGUCUGAGCGACAUUGCAUCGAGGAAUCUUUGCAAUCAAUCAGAGAGCUAGGAGGUGGCUCCUGAAGAGAUGAAGUAAGAAGAGCUCCAAGAUCUACACAUUAUACUAUCUGAUAUUUUUUUUGCAAAUAUACCCUGGGCUAUCCAACCGUUGAUAGUGGCCGGAAAAAUAGGUUACAAUGGAAUGUAACAACAUAUGCCUAAGUAUUCUGCUCUUCGGCUUCGUGUCAUUCCUUUUCGGAGUACGUUCUAAUUCUUUGAGCAAGCAUUCGACUUGCAGAGACGAUCACGGGCUCAACUAUACCCUACUUAUGUUUGAGGUCUGCCCUGAGCGCCCCGAUGGCAAUGGGAAGAUGGUGGCUACAAUCCCCAAGUUAAUCCCAGUGGCACAUCCUCAAAAUGGAUCAUGCCCAAUCUCCGGGAGAGCGAGGAUAACGGGACACCGCUUGUGCAGAUUUCCGGAUUGCCUUGGUAACCCGUGUAAAGACUGCUGGUGUGAGGAGACUCUGAUAGGAUUCAAAUGCCUCUGCGGGGAUGGAUACGCCAGGGGGAAACCUGAUAUCAAUGAAUGCAGCAGUAAUCCGUGUGGUGAUCAUGGUGUUUGUCAUGAUCAAAAAAAUGGUUACACAUGUGAAUGUAAUGAUGGGUGGACUGGAACAUACUGUGAAACGGAUAUCAAUGAAUGCAGCAGUAAUCCGUGUGGUGAUCAUGGUGUUUGUCAUGUUCAUAUAAAUGGUUACACAUGUGAAUGUAAUGAUGGGUGGAAUGGAACAUACUGUGAAAAGGACAUCAAUGAAUGCAGCAGUAAUCCGUGUGGUGAUCAUGGUGUUUGUCAUGUUCAUAUAAAUGGUUACACAUGUGAAUGUAAUGAUGGGUGGAAUGGAACAUACUGCGAAAAGGAUAUCAAUGAAUGCAGCAGUAAUCCGUGUGGUGAUCAUGGUGUUUGUCAUGUUCAUAUAAAUGGUUACACAUGUGAAUGUAAUGAUGGGUGGAAUGGAACAUACUGCGAAAAGGAUAUCAUUGAAUGCAGCAGUAAUCCGUGUGGUGAUCAUAGUGUUUGUUAUGAUCAUAUAAAUGGUUACACAUGUGAAUGUAAUGAUGGGUGGAAUGGAACAUACUGUGAAACGGCCAUCUGUCCCAGUGGUUGGUUCUACCACGGUCAAAAGUGCUUUUUUCGAGAGAUAGAAAGGAUGUUAUGGACGGCUGCAAAGGAAUAUUGUGGUAAGAAACGCGUCACACUGUCAGGCGGGAUCGGGACGAGACAGGCGUCGCUGCUAUUGGUUGAAACUCAAGAGGAAGCUGACUUCAUUGCCAAUAAGUUUAUGCGUAAUCAUGAGGCCUACCCUCGAAUCUGGAUAAACUGCAACGACGAGCUCACGGAGGGUAGAUGGGUCUGCGAAAGCGAUGCUUCGGGAACAGUUUUGCCUUACAGGAGUAAGAAAAACGCACAUUUGCAUUUUUGUAUCAUUAACUUUGGGAUCUUUCGUUGAAAUUUGGUUGUUGUUGUUGAAGAGUGCCGUGGGUUCCACGUACGGUACAUCGUGCUUUCGUGGGCGUUAUGUUGGUCAUGAAAAGGACCACCCAUAAGCAAACUCGACAUGUGCAUUCUUGUCGUCUUCAGCCCACGAAAGUAUACAUGUUGAAACCCUCUACACUAUUCUUCUUCUUCGCCAUGAAAACCAUCAGAAGUUAUCUUGGUGGUUGUUUAAUUCUUUUCACAGUAAUCAAUUCCUCUUUGAUAUUCUCCCUAUUCAUUCAAAUCAGUUUCAGCUCAGUCCUCUUUGAAGUGAACGGAAGUUCACCGAGAAAGAAACAUUUGUUUUUAUUAAAAACAAUCCCGGGAUUCAGGAGGGGGCUGUUGGCGGUUACACGAGCCUAAUUACAACUGGCAGGCAAAAGAUAUUCAUUCGAGCAAACCCAUUCUCAAUUGUUGAAUUUGAUAUUGCUGAUUGACAAAAAUGAAUGAAUAUGAUUGACAAUCUAACACUGAUUCUAGGGAGGGUACCUACUGAACUUCCUUUUUCCAAAUUGGAAAGAUAUAUCACUACUUUCGAACUAUUUUUUUUACUGGCGGAAGAAUUAGGGCCAUUUUACUCUCUCAAAUGAUGAAUUUGAUCCUGUCAGAUGUAGUCUUCAUAAAUGCUGAUUUAUUUUUUUAAAUGAGCCGGUCGAGGUACCCUUUUCUGGUCAGAUAUGGAAUGUCAGACAUAUAUCCUAUCCACUGGUAGUAAACAUUCAACCCUCGAAUUUCCUCCUUAUUUUUUAUGAAUGUUCUAAAGUGCUACUUUAACACACGAGUCUGGGAAAUUAUUUAGGCCUGUGAUACCUGGAUAUUAUGAACCAGAGCCAUCAUAAUCGAGAGAGGAUUGAUUGAUAAAACUAGCACCUUAUAUCUGUAUAUAAUGAUAGCCAAGCGAGCCCAAAGUCGAUGACGAUUAUAAUAGGGUUUAUUUAGUCAGACUACACCUCAUGAAUAUUCAUGACCACAGAAAAAAAUGCGGAAUUUCCGACGCAUAGAUCUAGAUCAACCCGACUGGACUAUUGACGCAAGUUCGUGUCUCGCCUUUGAUGUUUAAAAGUUUCCUUAUUAUUAAUUUUUUAUGCAAGACUUACAAGUCCAAAAACCUCCAAAAUAGAUUUCCAGACUGGCUUCGAUACGGAAAAAAGGAGCGCGUUAAGUCGCCAUCCUGGUUUCAACCAAUUAACAUGGCGCAUUAUUUUCAUGGACUUCCACGAAUUGUUCGUGGAACUUACCUGCUCUGCUAGGACUAUUUUCAUAGAACUUGUUGAAAUAACAAAUUUGCAGUUAAAAACUACGGAAAUCUUCAAUCUGAUUGGCUGAUAAUAAAUUUGUUCUAGAAAUUGUGCAUUUGUUAUUAUAAUAGAUCUUUAUGAAACGGAUCCCUUCUCUCCAAUGAUGGUGCAUUUGGUUAAAUUAUUUGCAUAUUUGCAGAUUCUUUUCAGAAAUAUGAAUAAAAAAUAAUUGCACUUGAAUUUACCUUUUAAAGGUCAAUCAGAUUCAUUUAUACUAUUCAAGUGCCAAAAAGAUAAUUCAACCAUGAACCAUAUAUUAAAAUGAAUUUUAUGGAAUCUAUGAUACACAUACUGGGGCAACGUCUCGGGGGGGGGGUGUUGGCAGAGUCGACAUCCAUGUUAUUUCAAGUAAUGUAAACAAAAUAAAAACAGGAGAAAACAUAGAGAGAUGUCGAAAUAAAAGAAAAGUUUCAAAAAGAGACCAUAUCGUCGCGAGAUAUCAUACAUCAAUUUAAUUGAAUAAAGAAAAAAAAACGACAUCGCCUUUUUGUCGAUUCGCCCCCAGCAUCCCUGCCUUGAAUUCCCGGAAAAUAAUGUGCACAUGUGGUAUUUGGAAGUAGUGCUUCGAAAAAGCACGAAAUUGCUUCAUAUAUAGAUUCUCAUUUGUACCAGACUCAAUUCACAUAUUUAACAGUAGGGCAAGACGAGGUCAAACUGCCUUGUAGGCUGAUGUAUCUUAGAUGGGAGGGGAUGGGGAUCAGUCCCCUGGGAACAGCAUGUUACUUAUUUAAUUCAUGUUUAAUAACCAUUCAAAUAUUUAUUUAGUCAUAACGCCAUUUUGCUGUUAUAUACUGUCAAUUAUCAUUUAUUGGUAUACAUUGUAUUUGUAAAUUUGUUGGUAACCAGCGAGCACCAAAUUUCCAUUUGAUUGGACAAUAAAUAAAUUCAAUUCAAUAAAUGUGA